UCUGACUCCAAUGGAAGCUUCGUCUCGCGAACCGAAGGAAACAAUCGAUUCUGAUUUAAGCUUUAAAAAUAGGAGCAUUAUUUAAUUAAACCAGUAAACUAACUACACAUUAAACAUUUCAUCUGAGUCUGUCUGCCCGCCUGUGUGUUUCAAACCCGCUGAUUCACCGUUAAAAGGUUCCGUUGGGCCUUGUUUAUAAACUGAGAAACAGGCCGGAGGAUCUUUAGAAAACCAAAGAAAUGACCCAGAUGCAACAAUGACAUCCAGAUUCGGUAAAACCUACAGCCGUAAGGGGGGGGAGGGCACGUCCAAGUUCGACGAGGUUCUGUCCACCAAGAGAGGCACCCUCAGCACCAAAUGGGGCGACACCACCUACAAAGCCAAGGUGGGCUCAAAGCGUGCCGGAGCACCCAAAAAUGACUCGGUUCUGGAGGUCUACAAGAGACCCCGUCCGAGCGGAGACGGCAUGGAGGAUCCGUUCGGCUUCGACAGCGACGAGGAGUCCAAGCCGGUGUCGUCUCGCAGCAAGUCGUCCCCUGCUAAAUCCGGUGCUGCCGAGCCCCCCCAGGCAGAGAGACCGGGGGCGGGGCUAUCUCUGAACAUGGGGAGCAUGUCCAGCCUUCAGGGGGGGGGAACCCACAGUCUGACGGCCUCCAGAGGGGCCUCCUCGUGGAUGAACAACGACCGGAGCCAGCCCCCCCGGAUUGUGGAGGACACGGCGCGCUUCUUCAACAGCAGCACUGCUACUACAGGUAACACACAGACAGACCUCUGAACCUGGGAAGACCUUGAGUGUUCUCGUGUUAAGGCCAACAUAUGACAUUCAAGACUCAAG